UUUAGGGCAAAACCGCUUAUUACGCUUUCGCUCAUCGCUCAUCGCUCAUUUGAAUUUUCUUUUCGCCAAUCUCUCUCUCUCUCUCUCCCUCGCACGCGCGCGCACACGGGCACGGCCAGAGGGAGGGGGUAGGUUUUGGUAGAACAACAGAAGCACAUAGCAGCCGAUCUAUCGCCGGACGAUGAUGAUGAACUUAGCAGAUCCAUCAAUGGCGCUCCUGGCGGCCUCCGGCGGCGACACCGUUAAGCUCUUCGAUGUGUCGGUGGAGCCUGGCGAUCCCUGUACCUUGAGCUACUCACCCUCCCCCGGUUCCCAAGUUCACUCUGUCAAGUGGAACCACACCAAUUUGGUGGUGGCGAGUGCUGGAGAUGAUAAGAGAAUAUCAUUGUGGCGGAAGAAUGGGCAGAGCAUGGGGACUGUUCCAGUUGCCGGGGCCGAGAGUGGUGAUAACAUCGAGGAGUCUAUAUUUGCUCUUAGCUUUAGCAACAAAGGAUCCAGAUAUAUUUGUUCUGGGGGAACUGGUCAAGUUGUAAGAAUAUGGGAUUUGCAGCGGAAACGUUGCAUUAAAUGGUUGAGGGGUCAUACUGAUACGAUAACAGGAGCAAUGUACAAUUGUAAAGACGAGCAUUUGGCUUCCAUCAGUCUAAAAGGGGACCUCAUUCUUCACAACCUUGCAUCUGGUGCAAGGGCUGCUGAGCUCAGGGACCCUAAUGAGCAGGUAUUGAGAAUGCUUGAUUAUUCACGGAUUAGCCGACACCUUUUAGUGACUGCAGGUGAUGAUGGUUCUGUACAUUUGUGGGAUACUACGGGUCGCAACCCAAAGGCUUCCUGGUUAAAGCAGCAUUCUGCACCAACUGCUGGUGUUAGCUUCUCUCCAUCCAAUGAUAAGAUCAUUGCUAGCGCUGGUCUGGACAAAAAGUUGUACACUUUUGACUCAGGGGCUAAAAGAUCGUCAUUUUGCAUUUCUUAUGAAGCACCAUUCUCGUCAUUGGCAUUUAGAGAUGAUGGUUUGAUAUUGGCAGCUGGAACAAGUAAUGGUCGGGUGGUAUUCUAUGAUGUGCGUGGAAAACCGCAACCAUUCACGGUUCUCCGUGCUUAUAGUAGUUCAGAAGCUGUGACAAGUUUAUGCUGGCAGAGGGCAAAACCCAUUAUUGUAAAUGAAAGUAAUUGCUCUGCUGAGACUGCUCUUUUGGGAGGUGCUGUUGAAGACUCAAUCCUCAUGCCCGAUCCACUUCCUUCUGUGAUAUCAUCAGGCAUUUCACUAUCCACCACAGUACCUAAUUCUCGGAACCCUAGCCGCUCAGGUCCCUCUGUAGAGGCAUCUUCCCUUACAUCAGCCAGUGUUGGAUCUACAUCAAGCUCACUUCAUUUGUCGACUGCAGAGCAAACACCACAUCGUAAUUCUUUGUGGCUAGGAGGAACAUUGACAAGAAUAAAUCCUCCUCGUUCUAGUUACAAUUUCAAGGAUGACAUGGAGGUGUUUUCCCCUCUUGUGGAGGUUCAACCAAUUACACCUUCACUUGAUAAGCUGUGGAAUGAUAAUGAUAGUGCUAAGAAGGAUCAUUUAUUGGCUGAUAAAAGACCUUCUUCCCUGUUGUUUCCUUCACCCAGUAGGAGAUUUCCUUUUGCAGAUGAUGGGGGCAAUGAUCGUCCAAUAUUUGACUGGAAAUCCAGCUCAACAUCCAGACAGGAUGACACCAGAUCUUCUUCCCUUCUGUUGGGAUCUACUCCUCCACCACCUUCCAAGGGCGAUGAUUCCACCACUCCCCCAGAAGCUUGGGGUGGUGAGAGAUUAUCCGAUAAAUUUGCCAACCAUCGUCAGGCAGUUAAUUUGCCAUCUCGUUUAAGCAUGUUGACAUCUGGAGGACUGACAUCAGGGUCAAUGUCUUCUGGAUUGCAAGAUCUAACAUUGUCGACAAGCCAGAUGAGUGCAAGCUCAUUGACAAGUGCAAGUUUGUUGACAAGUUCAAACUUUAGCUUUGCUAACUUGCGUGCCAAGGAUACCCUUUCCAGCCAAGAGACUUCAUUGGGAAUUUCAGAACAAAGUCCCUUCAGGUCCAUGUCCCUGUCUCUAGGUACGAAAGGCCUCAUUGGUCAGGGUAGCCUCGAAUCAUUGGGAUCUUCUUUGACCCUCCCUCGGAGAUUUUCCACUUAUGCUGAGAGAAUUAGCACUACCCCUUCUUUUGGUGAUGGGACUUCCCUCGCACUAAGCUCACCAAAAACAAAGAAGACGGGGGCUGAAACCAGAGAAGAACUUUUGAAUAGUUUAUUGUCGAGGUCUGAUACAUCACCUGGCUCAGAACCAGGGAUUCUUCCAACGGAAGGAACCUCACAACCCUUGAAAGCCCCAGUGCAGCCAGAUCCUCAGCAAGGAAGCUCUUUUACACUUCAGCUGUUUCAACGUACUCUUGAAGAGACACUUGCAUCCUUCCAGGGUUUUAUACAUGACGAUGUGAGGAACCUUCAUAUUGAAAUUUUGAGGCAAUUUCACAUGCAGGAGAUGGAAAUGUCAAGCAUUAUGAAAUCAAUUCUGGAAAACCAAGCUGAGCUGAUGAAAGAGGUUCAGUCCCUACGGAAAGAAAACCAACAGCUCCGUCAAUUGCUUUGAAUUUGGGGUUGAUGCUAUUGUUAUGCUUUCCCUUUUCAAUGAAGUUCGUUAUUGUGGGAUUUGGGUGGUUCGUGUUUCACUAAAUUGCAAUUCAUUUAGUGACUUUUUUUUUAUACAUGACUACAGUUGCUAGACUCGGGCAGUUUUAGAGGGGACUGUGGAGAGGGAACUGUGAGAAUUGCUCGAGGGGUUUGGGUUGUCAGGUGUGUACAGACAGAAUUGUUCCUUCAACUAAUGAAAUCAAGCUUGUAAUUGGAUUAUAUCAAUGUACAAAUAUGAUUCAUCGAGGUUAUCAAUAUGAUUCUUCAAUUUGGAUUUUACCA